AUGGACUCAUCCUCAACACCACUAUUUGCCACGUUAUGUGUCAUAUUCAUCAUCUCGGUACCGGUACAAUUCAUCUCACCUAUCAUCACUGGCGCUGUCAGUUGGAUACCCAAGCUUGCUAUGAGCCCUUCUCAGCCAGUCAAUGUCACGCAUCCUGGAGAUACACCUGGAUGGACAUACCAUCGCGACUAUGAAAAUAGCAGGUUCUACGAAGUCAUGCAAGCCCUGGCGCACUCAUCGCUCGCCACCACCGCGAACUUCAGUGACUCCUCAAGACACAUUUCUCGAAGGCGUAUACCUUCUUUGCAAGGCUUUCCAGCGAACAGCAGUGUACAAGAGGUCAUUAUGCCUUACCUGAACAUCGAAUCACUGGAAUGGCUACAAUCCUUAGAUGAGAUACUUCCACACAUGGACUUGUUCAAGAACGUCACUAGUAAUGAUACGUUCAAGCUCAGCAUUAUUCCAUCCGAAAGAAUGAACCCUUACUUUCAUGGCGGAGAUCCUGGCCGCGUCACAAUUGCAUUUGCAGAAGAGUGGAGUCUGAAAGGCUCUUAUCCUGCAGCAAAGGUCGUCAGAGGCGAGCAUUAUGUGGUUGUGUCCACCAAUGGCAGGCAAAAGUGUGGUGACCCGAAAUCUGAUGAUCCUUUCGGGCGUCUCAACGGACUGUACCAUCUGGAUGCACGAACAGGAACUAGCCGUUUCAACAACUGGCAUGACCCAUCCUGCUAUGUUAUUGCUCGUAUGGAGUAUUCUGCUGGCAUAGUAAUUUGUCGAGAUUGUCGUCUGGGCACGGGUGGCAUUGUGGAGACAACGCUGCAAGACGAAAGCGUUGUCAUAGCAGAUCCACUUGCUGAGCAAGCGUUGAGGAUGAUGCCUGAUGUGCUAGCUUUGAUGAGCGUCUCGCACAGUUGGCGAAACUGGAUGCAACCUGGAAAUCUCGACGAUUACACAAAAGGCAUGCUCUCCGUCGCAUACCAAGCCAGUUGGAACUCCAUGGCCAAUGUCUGGUCGAAUGAUACAACAAUGCGACGCACUGCGCUUAGUCUACCCUUCCCUGCCCUGACCGCCUCCAUAACAACAUGGCGAGUGUGGACUUGGCUCGCAAUGAACUGUUUGCUGACCGUCUCCGGUGUCAUUGUUGCCAUCCUUCAGAAGCAAGCAUUCGCAAAAACAGUGCGCAACCCCGAACUUUCAUUGUUGCUGCUUGAUACGAAACAGCUUAUUGAAAAAAGUGCGCCUGGCUUGUGCAACGCCGUACAAGUCGACAAAGAGGAUACUGACCUGCGUAUGAGGCUGCAGUUUCAGGAAGGACACGAAUCGUCGCACCAGCAUCCGUACAUCGAAGUCCAAAAUAGCACAUAUCGCCGUAUUGCUCAAGAUUGCUCGUUUGACACGCUUGUAUAUUAG